GAUGCAACAACAUUUUUUGGGUUAAAGGAUGCCACGCCAUUUUCUUACCAAAUAGAAUUGAUUUUGUGUAUGUGUGAUCGAUCCACCCUGAAACCUAAUUUGUGUAAAUGUGAGUUGUAAUUCUGUCUUGCUAAUCUGUAAAUCAAAAUGGGUCCAUAGCUCAGUGGUAGAGCAAUUGACUGCAGAUCAAUAGGUCACCGGUUCGAACCCGGUUGGGCCCUCAUUUUUUUGCAUUUUAAAGAGUAUCAAUAAAUAAGAUUCUAUAAGAGUUUCAACUAAAUAGUCAAUUAGCAGUUAGCAAUAGUUGUCAACUUACCUUAGCUUCCAUUUUUCAUCGUUUCAGCUUAUAAAUGUUUUCAAUAAUUGUUUGAGAUAAUAUAUAACUAACUAAACAUGAAUAAUUUGGGUUACCUGUAUCAGAAAAUUGAUGUUGAGUCAAGUUGUCCAACAAAGAAAAAGAUGAUUUAUCCUUUAAAAAAAACAAACUACAAGAGUGAGAGUUCAUUAUCCCAUCAAAGCCACUCAAGUCUCGAUCUACUCUAUGAAAAAAAUGGUAGACCGCUAAACUAACUCACCAGACACUCACCUCAUCAGCUAAAACCCCCUCUAUAAAUUAAUGCUAAUCUCCUAGUCAUUUGGAUAUCAUAAACAUUCCCUCAUACACUAACCAAGAAAAUAAAAUAAAGAGUCAACUUUUAUAAUAAAAAUGGGUAUUACUGAUAUGGUUUUAUUUGGGUUAUUAUUGGUCAAUGCUCUUCUACCUGUUGAUACCUCAGGACGUAUGCCAUUUACUUACCGAAAUCAAUUGCAAAGGCUUUGUAGCUCCACUGAAUACACCUCUCUUUGUGUCCAAACCUUACGAGAGUUUCGACAUGGAUCUCCUACAAGUCUCGACUUUGUGUCUUUUCUUGUCAACAAGACGAUGUCUGGUUCCAGUAACCUUAUUCCUCCUCUCUCCUCUUCUAUGGCUUCCUAUGAAGUCAUUUCUCUAGACGAUUCCACAAAUACGUUGCCUUCACCUUCGGUUGCAGAUUCAUGUGAACGGCUCAUGAAAAUGUCAACAAGACGACUUCAGCAAGCAAUGGAAGCUCUCAACGGCUCAUCGAGAAAGCGUACCACCAAACACGACGUUCAAACAUGGCUCUCCGCCGCCAUGACUUUCCAACAAUCAUGCAAAGACUCCGUCCUAGACUCUGGUGGCCACUCCUCCUCCGCCGUCAGCCACAUAACACAGAAAAUGGAUCACCUCUCUCGACUAGUCAGCAACUCCUUGGCUCUUGUUGGCACCUUCAUGGAAAAUCCAAAGCCAACCGUUCUUCCACGGUGGGUCUCUGCCGGAGAACGGAAGCUUCUAGCAAGCCGCACGUCUAGAAGUAGACCACACGUCUUAGUCGCCAAAGACGGAUCCGGAGAUUACCGGACCGUGAUGGAGGCUGUCAACGCUGCUAGUGGAAAUGGCAGAUUCAUUAUAUAUGUGAAAAGAGGUAUUUACAAAGAGAAAGUAAGAAUCGAGAAAGAUGAGAUCACGUUGAUCGGAGAAGGAAAAGACCUGACGGUGAUUGUCGGCGAUGAUAGCGCCGCCGGAGGAACUUCCGUGCCGGACACCGCUACGAUGACCGUUACGGGUGACGGAUUCAUCGCGAGGGAUAUAGGAAUCAAGAACACGGCAGGGCCUAGAGGAAAACAAGCCAUAGCAUUAAGCAUCACAUCAGACCAGUCAGUGUUAUAUAGAUGUAGCAUCUCUGGUUAUCAAGACACGCUCUACGCAGCCGCUCUACGUCAGUUCUAUAGAGAAUGCGAUAUUUAUGGAACCAUAGAUUUCAUAUUUGGAAACGCUGCUGCGGUUUUCCAAAGCUGUAACCUUAUCUUGCGUCGCCCUAGUGAUGUCAAGGCCUACAACGUUAUUCUUGCUAACGGGAGGACAGACCAGCGACAAAACACCGGAUUUGCCCUCCAUAGUUGUAGGAUCCUUACGGACUUAGAUUUUUCGGGCAUGAAACAUAGGUAUAGUUCGUACUUGGGACGGCCGUGGAAAAAGUAUUCGAGGUCUAUAGUGAUGGAAACUUAUAUUGAUGAUGCCAUAGCGGAGGAAGGAUGGGCCGGGUGGUUAAACUCUGGAGAUGAAGUGCUAAAGACAUUGUACUUUGGAGAGUUUAAGAACUAUGGUCCUAAAGCUAGAGUUUCCAAGAGGGUAUGGCAAGGGUUUCAUGUAAUUGGGUUUGAAGAGGCAAGUUAUUUUAGCGUUGGUAAAUUUCUUGAUGGAGUUUCUUGGUUGCCCUCUACUGGAAUUAGUUUCGCUUCAGGGAUUUAAUUAGUGAAAGAGAAAAAAUGAGAGAAGACAUAUGAUGGAUGGUUUUAAGUAUACGGUUAAGGAUUUAUACACUUUAUAGAUUAACAUCGAAUGUAAAUUCAGUUUUAUAUGGUCAUGAUAUUUAAAAUUAAGUGAAAUGUUCAUGAUA